AUGUCACAGAACCGGCCUGGGGUAUUCUCGAGCUUGCGCAUGGGUGAAGUCGUCCGUGAGAAGGUCCAGGAUGGACUAACAGGGGAGACCAAGGAAAUUUCGUACUCGCAGUGUAAAAUCGUUGGCAAUGGGUCAUUUGGAGUGGUCUUUCAGACAAAGAUGAUGCCCAGCGGCGAGGACGCUGCUAUUAAACGUGUCCUACAAGACAAACGCUUCAAGAACCGUGAGUUACAAAUAAUGCGGAUUGUCCGCCAUCCCAACAUUGUAGAGUUGAAGGCUUUCUAUUACUCCAAUGGUGAGAGGGUAUGUGUUCCCACUCUUAUACAGAACGAAUGCCCUUGUGCUGACCCUGCCGUCAAACCUCUGCAGAAGGACGAAGUGUAUCUGAAUCUCGUUCUGGAAUACGUACCAGAAACGGUUUAUCGAGCAUCUCGAUAUUUCAACAAGUUGAAGACUACGAUGCCCAUGUUGGAGGUCAAGCUUUACAUAUAUCAAUUGUUUCGUUCUCUGGCAUACAUUCAUUCGCAGGGCAUCUGCCAUCGUGACAUCAAACCUCAAAACCUUUUGCUUGACCCAAGCACUGGUAUCUUGAAGCUUUGUGAUUUUGGCUCUGCCAAGAUCUUAGUUGAGAACGAGCCCAAUGUUUCGUAUAUCUGCUCCCGCUAUUAUCGUGCACCGGAAUUAAUUUUUGGUGCAACAAAUUACACCACAAAGAUUGAUGUGUGGUCUACUGGUUGUGUAAUGGCUGAGUUAAUGCUUGGGCAACCACUUUUCCCAGGUGAAUCUGGAAUUGAUCAACUGGUGGAGAUCAUUAAAGUUCUUGGUACUCCCACUCGGGAGCAGAUUCGCACUAUGAACCCCAACUACAUGGAGCACAAAUUCCCGCAGAUCAAGCCACACCCUUUCAACAAAGUUUUCCGGAGAGCUCCUCAUGAGGCAAUUGAUUUGAUCUCCGCUUUGCUAGAAUAUACACCAACGCAGCGGCUGUCAGCCAUUGAAGCGAUGGUUCACCCAUUCUUUGAUGAACUCAGGGAUCCUAGUACUCGGCUGCCUGAUUCCCGACACCAGAAUGGGCCAUCGCGAGAGCUCCCUAAUCUGUUUGACUUUUCUCGACAUGAACUUUCUAUCGCACCGGCAAUGAACAGUCGGAUUAUUCCUCUUCAUGCACGCCCUGCCCUCGAAGCCCGCGGGAUAGAUAUUGAUAACUUUACCCCCCUAACGAAAGAUGAAAUGAUGGCACGUCUUGAUUGA